CUGUGGUUGAGUAUCGCUGGGCGCCCUGGGACGAAGCGGAUGGUGGUAAAUCGAACCGCUUCUUUUGAACUUUGGCGAAGAGGUCGGCAGGAAAUAAAUGUCGUUGGAAUGUAGGGCUUGAAGUUAGUGGGAGAAAGGCAAGCUUUAAAUAAGUAUGUUCAACAUGGUGCAGCGCCGUUGUUCCCUGGCCCAGAAGCGCUUUUGGACGAUCCGCUCGUGCCGCGUGGGGAAUGGCCUGAUUUUUGCAUUCUCCUACACUUGCAGACCCCCUUGGCAGCCAGCUUGUCUCGCCUUCGCUAUGCCUCUUUGCCAUUCAAAUUCCUGUGCGGUCACUCCGGUGGGUGAUGGGAGAGAGGGAGACCGGGGGGGUUUUAUAGUGAGAUGUGGUGGGGAACGCUUGCCCUUCUGCGAAAGCAAAAGGGUGUGUUCCUUCCUAGAGCUGUGCAUUUGCACCUCGAACGGGACAGUAUCAGCGUCUGAACUGGAUGGUAUUGCACAGUACAGUACGGCGGUAACUUUUCUCCUACACUGCCAAUGUAUGUACUGUAAUCUUACGGAUUGUCAAAGGGGCUUAGUAAUGCUCGGCGCCCGUUUUGACAGGGCCGACGAAGCUGCUUGCGUGGCUUGCGUGGCUUCGUGCUGCGACUGUGGCUGAUGCUAUCUUGAGAAAAGCAUGAUUGGACAACACCGGACACUGUUCUUGGACAUCAUGAAGCCACAGGCACCGCCAUUCGACUGCCCCACCAAAUUUUUGGCGGGCUUUCGUCACUGCGCAGAAGGGCCCAGCUUGUGCGGGCCAAGGGACAGAACGUUAGGUAACCAACUUCUAGGUUGGGUCAGGCACCGUUGGAUCUAAGGCGCUCCAGAGCCACCUA